AAUGUUUUAUUUGACGUUUGACGUGCAGGUUUGUCAAUCACAGAGAAAAAGAUUGCAAAAAAUUGUGGAGAAAAAUAUUAUAUGUCCAAAUAAAAAAUACUUCUAUGUGAAAUGAGAAGUUUAUGGAUUUCGUGGUACACUUAGAGUAGUUAUAAAUUACUUAUCGAGUGAUGACGUUGAACGAAGGCUAUGUAACCUUAAAAGUGUUAAAAGAAACAAACUUUGCCGUCUCAUUGUUUGAUAGUCAUUAUCGCUAUACAGAGUGUUGAUAUGUCGCAUUUUGGGGAUUAUAUGGACGGUGUGCCCGUUAAAAUAUCUGAAAAGUACAAGCGGCCACCGAGAGUGGAACUGCCUUACAGCAUAAACGAGGCUCCAAUCAGAGCGCAGAAUGUCGUCGACAAUGUUAAUUACAGCUCCACGUUUGAAAAGAACGUGCUCGCGAAGCUCAAGGAGCUGCGUAGCAUUAAGGAGACGAAGAAGAAUGAAAGGCGGCACCGUCUCCAACUCCUUGAGGAAGAGAAACAGAAGAAACUAGACGCUAUCGCGGUGGCAGAAGAGGAAGACAGGUUAAAGCAGCUCAGUGUCUCUGAAGUGUCCUAUCCUAGCACUGAUGAGAUUAGCGCAUUAUCUCCUGAUGAGAAGAAUGAUAAAACCUGUGAUACUAAUGAAGUGGUCAUAACGGAAGUCAUCUUACCAUCCACCAGUACAGCAACAGAUUCUCAAGUAAACAUCCUGCAACCAAUACAAGUAAAAUCUAAUUAUGAAGGCAGUUUAUUGGAUGACCCAGAUCCCUUACAAACACUGAAACUGAGCUCUAAAGUUAAUAAAAUACAAUACAAUCACAAUGUUGAUAUGUUAACAUUUCGGGACUUUGAGAAUGAUACGUCAAGUCCUUUCGACAAUGUUGAGCUGAAGACUAUAAAUGACAUGGAGCUGUUAGCUCAGGUGUUACAAAGCCAGAGAGAGUCUGCCACAAGUUGUCCUCAAUAUGUGCAGGAUCCAAACUACACUGUGAACAGUUGUGGAUCACAAGUGCAGCUAGAAAUGCCAUACAUACCUAAUGCUUAUGUAGAACAGCCCAUCCAAGGCCCCAAUUUAAUGUAUUCCCCACAGAAUUAUCCAAAUGGUUACUAUGUGCAAGACACAGAGAAUGUCAAUGUGUAUGUACCGAAUUACCAAUAUUACGUACCUCCAACCUCUUACCCGGUAGAUCCAAACUACUAUGGAGGUCAAAUGCCUAUACCAGCAGCAGAAGUACCUCAGGUACCCAACGGAUCAUACAUACCCCAAACAUAUUACCCACAGUAUUUACAAUCGACAUAUGAAGCUCCAAAUACUUUUGUACCAAAAGAAAUGGAGACUAAAAAACAAGUUCCAGAACCACAGAAUAUACAGACUACUCAACCUCCCAUUACUCAAAACACUGUAAAAUCAAGGUCAAGGAGUGUUCCUGAUAUAGUCAAAGAACUCAAUGAUGAAUUGGAAAAGUUGAAGACAAGUGAAAGGUCACACAAUGUUAGUCCUGCACCUAAAGUUGCGCCACAGCCUUCCCCAAGUGAGCAGAAGAAACCAGAAAGGAGGAGGCGGAGGUCAGAGCAUUUACCAAAUCCAUAUGAUAAGCUGUAUCCAAAAUUGCAGUCAAUAUGCCAAAAGAUACAUGGCAUGGGAUUCCCGCUGGACAGGGUUGCCAGAGUUUGUACAAUUAUUGGUGAAAAUGAGAAAAGGGCGAUCGAAUGUUUGCUUCUAAUCGGCGAGUUGAUGGACCUCGGGUUCUCCGAGGCGAAAGUGUCAGCCGCCCUGGCCAAACACAAGUUCGACAGGGACAAAGCGCUCGACGACCUGGUUUCCUAGCGUUCAAGACUUGUACGUAUGUACAGGAACAGAAUGAUAUAGAAGAUAGUGCGGAGCUCGGGGUAGGCAGAGAGAAUGGUUCAAUCGGCCUUGAAUCCACAUUUCUACGGAGUAAAAAGGUACCAAUUAAAAGAUGCAAAUAUUGUAGGAACCUAGGUAUGAAAUUAAGAUUUGGUGCCUUUUUAUCCAAUGUUGGGUUUUCUCUCUGUAGAUAUGCCCCUGCCCCAGAGCUGAAUAUGUGAUUAUGGACUCCUUUGAAGUGAAAUAUAAAUCUGUAGUUGUCUGAUCCUACAUAAACUUGUGUAGUUAUCAGAAUCUUGGAAGGUUUAUUGUAAAUUUUGCCGAUGCAUAUACUACCGAACGUAUUUAUGAUUUGUAAUCUAAAAGAACGUCACAAGAGCAGUAACGCACCAAUAUUUUGUUAUAGCAUUAUUUUUGUUUAAUGAGAAAAUUGUUUAAUUCUUGGUCCUUGGUCCUUCACAUUGGUCCUUAUUGUUAAAAAAUUAAUAGUCGGAAAAUUAAAUCAUGAAACGUUUACAAAAUUAAUCAAACAUUAGCUUUUGCUCGCGGCUUCGCCCGCGUGAAGGAGUUUUCCAGGAUAAAAGUUCUGCUAUAUAUUUUCCCGGGAUAGAAAGUAGGGUAGCCUAUAACCUUCCCAGGGUCUUAAACUAUCUCCACACAAAAUUUCAUAAAAAUCCGCUCAGUAGAUUUUGAGAAAAUCAUAAGAUGUAGACAGACAGAAAGGGGACUUUGUUUUAUAAUUUGUAUAGAUAUUGUUAAAAACAGUGAGUUUCGUCAAACGGUCUCACAAGUUUCGUACAUUGGCCGUUAUUUCUCUUGUGGUGGCAUUUGUAUUAACAUUUAAAGCGAGCAUAAGCGAAUUUAAACCUACUCUAGUUUACCAAUAUUAAGCUGAGUACUGGAAUGUAGAUGUUAUGAUAUAGAAAAUUAUUUCUUUAUGUACAUAUUCCUACACGGCGAGCUUAUAUGUUGACACCGACAAUAAACACCGCGACGUCGUAAGGCGUCCAACUUGAAAUAUUGGCAUGACGUACUAUAACUUCAUACCAGUUAAGGAGAAUCUUCCUUGUUUAAUGUUUAUGCACAUAGAUUAGUUUUAAAAAAUUUCAACGACUUAAAAUAGAACUAUAGUGUAUGAAACACACUAGCUUAACAGCUACAAACUUGUAAACAUUAAGUCGAUGGCCGUACUUUGAUUGUUGCUUGAUUCACUUGAUUGCUUUAGUCAAACAAGCAACAGUCAGCAGCUAUGUGGUGACAUCUUUUGAAAAUAAUUGGAUUGUGUUUAAUAACUAUUAGGCGUGUAUGAUUUCUCUAAGGAAUUAAAUAACUCUAUGUCAAUAUAUUGUCUGUAUAAGAGAAUUGUAAUAAGCAUUUCUUAAGACUCAAAUGAAGUCAAGAUAUGCGAUAAUAAAUAAAAUUUGUAUAACGUAAAAUCUGUUUUGGCUAUAUGCUGACAAUUAAAGAGAUAUCUGUGAAAUACGAUUUUGAGUAUUAGAAAUUUGUUAAAUUGUAUAUACGGGAGUGGGGUGCACUAAUUAUAAGAGGCUUUAACAGAUGCCGUUUGAAGACAAUGUAUUAUUAUGCGAGUUAAGUAAGUUAACCGUAUUUAUAACGAUCGUCUAAAAGUAUUUAAUACAACAAUUGUCAGUUUUAAAGUGAUAACACAAAUUCUCAGAUAAAUAUAUCGCAUCUUAGCUAGACGAAAAUCUUAUACAUUAUUAGUAAAGUUAUUGACGCAUAUUGUAUACUAAUUAACUUAGUCGUGUCGUGAGGCUAGCUUGGUUGUUGAAUAUUAGUUUCUAAGCUCCUUACGUACGAAAAUAAACCUGAUUAUCUUCUUUGGUUCCAUCAGAUUACGGCUGCUAUUUUUCGGUCUAGUAAUCGAGUGAUGAUUUAUAUCUUGUGAGGGGGUUUUGAGGGCUUUUACUGGCCCAUGUUUGAUGAAGAUAAUAUAGCUAAUAGCCAAUCAAUAUUGGAUGUGGAGAUAGUAUCAAAAAGGCUUCGAAUAAUGACGUUCUAAGGAUAUUUGUACCCGGGUUUUAUUGUAUUCUUACAUAAACCUCAUUGAAAAAUACAGAUGUAUACAGGAAACAGAUUUAUGCCGUGUUAUUUGUGUUCUUUCGAAUUCGCUCGUUUUGCAACCAUUUGUAGAGUGGUUGGAUUACAAAAAUCAGACUUAAAUAUUUGUUAGUUUAUUUUAUAUAAAGGUCACUAGAAACCUAAAUUAAUCUUUAGUUUUGAUUUAUGUUAACAAAUGAUAGUAUAAAAGAGUUAGUGCGUGCGGCUCCAAAGUGACAUUGGUGAUUUGAUCACAACCAAUAUCUAUUAAUUUAGAUAACAUCUUUUAGUGGAUUUGUGAUUUUACUUUAGAUACACUUCAGACGUGUUCGAUAAAAAUACAUGCAUUUAAAAUUGUUUGUACAAACAAUCAUACUAUGAUAAAGUUGUUUAGUUUGUGUGUUCUGAUUGUGGUGAACAUAAAUUUUGUUUUAGUUACUUUAUUAGUCUGUACACGUGUAAAUGUUGAGUUGUUUUGUUUCAUCUUGUGACGCCAUAUGUCCAGUGGAAGGAUAAGGUGCCACCAUUGGUCUGGUUUCGGUACCCGUGUCGGGAAAUUAGAAUUUUCUUAUUUUUAGAUUUGACGAGGGGGUACAUCAGGAUUAGGAUUUGUUCUGGAUAUGAUGACUUAUGAAGAUAUGUCCCUCUUUCUAUUAUUAUAAAUACGUAGAAAUACCUGGACGAGUGAAGAGAAUACCAUUAUCAGAAAGGAAAAAAAUAAAUCAAAACAAAUUUACACCUACUUUUAAAAGUUUUCAAUAAUUUCGAUCAACACAUUAUUUUAACGGAAUUGUAUUUUAUUUAAGCUUUUCCCUUACCGUAAAUCUUCCAUAGUUAUAACUACCUAAGCCAUUCAGGGAUAAAAAUGCAAAUUACGAAUAGAUUCCUUGUUACUAUUACACCUAAUUAAUAUUAAAUAUACUAUAGUAUAGUAUAUUUUUAAAUAUUACUGCACGAUGGUUCAAAAUGGCGACCUUUGAUAAACUUUUGCUAACUGAUAAUUGAUAUCCUUGUUAGUAUCUCUCACUACGAAAAUAAAUAUGUCUAUAGAUUCUGAAUGUUUAAUACUAAGUAAGCUUGUAUACUCGGCCGAGAGAAAAUCUUGCCUUCUAGAGCAUAAUGCCUUGUUUGUGUGUACUUGAUAAUCAAUUGUAAAUAACUUCUAUAUUUUGAUCUGAUAUGGUAUUCAAUAUGGACUUAAUGCGUUCAUUAAUAUUUUCAUGUAAUUUAAAGGUCUUUAUGUAAAUAAUUAAUAUUUAAUAUGAAAAUAGCUCGAGUGUUAGUUAAUAUGACAGAAAACAAUAAUAUAAAAUAAAUACAGCGUUCAUAUAUUUUACCUACAUGGUAGUACUGGCCAUACUCUGUAUUUAAAUUGUGUCAAAAAGUACCAAGGAAUUACAAUCACGCAACACUUAUGACGAAAUGUUACUAAUAUGAUUUAUACAUUUCGAAAAUUAAGUCGUCAGAUGCUUUGAUUAUUCAAAGGUGACACAUGUGUAACCCGUACAAAUAAAGGAUGGGUGCCGAAAUGAAAAGGGUCUUGCCCAUCCGUUUUACGGGUAAAAAAUAAGUCAGCAAAAAAAAUCAUCAGGUCCCUUUCGAGUACGUGCAAUAUUAAAAAAAAUCCUCAUAUUUAAGUAACAGCAAAGUAUAAUGACUUGUCUGCACAUAUUUAUAUCUUUUCACACACUUAGCUCACUUACGCGGAUGACUUAUUUAAAUAUCAAGUACUUCAAUAAACCCGAAAACACUUGAACACUCCCGUUGAAGUACAUUCAAAGUGUUUGAAAGUAGCUCUAAAUUAACAGUCGUGAAUUUCAAGUGGCUAAAACUUGUAGAGAUUUUUUUUACUUUAUAUCCGAAUCACUUGUAUAUAAUCCACUGUUAGACAGACUUCAAUCUAUGUUAUGAACUUAUUUAAUUAAAAAGAUAGAAGCCCAGAUGGUCAUUUAUAUUAUGUACAGUCGUAUUUUGAAAUAUGACCAUCAGUGGUAUAUAAGAAAGCCAAGACGUAUAGUAAACAGCACGCCAGAUAUAAAAGUCUAACUUUAAUUAAGCUACUAGAUUUGUGAACUGUUAUUAAUGUUGGUACGUGUAUAUUGAUAUUAAAUUUCCUUAAUUUUCUAUUAGGUAUGUCUAUAAAACAUAUUGGAGAUAGUUGUAUAGUUAUGUGUCUUCACGAAUGCCUUGGUAAUCAUUGCUAAUUACUAAAAUGUAUUUUACGUGGUAGUGCGCCAUUAGCUCUACUUAUUGACUGAGCAUGACGUUUAUACACGUCAUUAGGUGGUUAGACGUUAAAUGAUGCUUGCUUACCACUAGUUGUGGUAGACGUUCUAGUAGAUUUACCUCUAAUGUCGCAGUUGUAUGUAAAUGAAUAUUUAUGUAUAAGACUUGCAAUUAAUCGAAAAAAUAUUGAAUAAGGUAAGAGUUUAUAUAGGGUCAUAAUUAUUGAUGCGAUUUUAUUACAUUUUAAUUUGGAAAAAUCUUGUGGGGUUAUCCGGGAUCGGAAUUCGUGCCCGAUGUUGCGUAUGGUGAUAAACUCGUUCCUAAAGCAUCAUGGGACGGAUAUACAUACAUAAAAUGCAACGUUGCAAUGGAGCAGUUACAGUGUGUCCAUGUCGCUCCGUAUAAGAAGCAAUGUCACGGAUUCUCAAGGGUUUCUGUUGUAUUAAUGGAAACAGGCAUAGAAUGUCUUAUUGAUCAGAAUUAUGAUCCUGUAAAAGCCAAAAUAAAUAUUGAACACUAUUUCCAUUUAUUUAUAGUAAAUGUCUAUUUUGUAUAUAUGGUGUGCAAUUCCUUAUGAUGUAUUGUUAGAAGUAGGAGACUACAAUUUAUGUUCCACGGCCUGUAAAAAGUAAUAAAACUGCAAAAUACAGGUUAAGUUGAAAAUUUUAAGUGGCACGUGUUUUCAGGCUGUUAUUAUAACUAGGUGGCUUGUGGCUAUGUCGAGCGAAAUGGAAGAUUUUAGAGACACUCCUAAUGUAAUCCGUUCUUACCUACCUCCCAAUAAAUACUGUUGAGUCUUCAUUGAAUUUAGUAUGCAAAAACGUGUUUCAGUAACGCAACGUUGAAAUAGGUCAACGUACUAUCACGUCUUAGUAGUAUGAUUGUUAGGAAUUUCCGUUAGCAUGACGCGGAUAUCUAUUUAAUACGGAUUAUCUAAUGCCAGCUACCUAAGUGAUCGUAGCUGCAGUGCUCAAGAAAGCAUCUAUAUCUUUUCUGUAUUAGUCCACAGAUGGGAUUUCAAAAUUAUAAAAAAAUUAUGUCAGACUAAACUGAGUACGUCUCUGUACGUUUAUAAAUAUAGAGACAAUGAUAGUUCUCCAUUGAGGCGGCGUCUAAUUGAGCUCACUUUUCGCUCGACAUGGUUAAAUAGAUGGUAUAAAUUGCUUUCAAUAUAUAAUUAUUUUUGUAUGUAGAGAGUUUAGAGAUUAUAUAGCGCGUGUACAGGUGACGUUUGUUUAAUAUAUUUUAUUUAUUAUGUUUUUGCGGUUCCGAGUGCGGUGCGUUUCUUAAUGAACUUUUUGACGUCUAUGUACGAUGAUUUGUGGGUUAUAACAGCCAAGCAGAAGCUGGAUGUUUGCAUGGUAGAUGCGUUGGCAGGAACGAAAAGUGAAGUAGUUUUAUUUGAACGUAAUGACACGUUCUGCAUGAGCUCCGCCGCUAUUAGUGAGUUGUUAGUCGCUGUAAAUUUUAAACGAUCCGCCAUCUCCCAUCUCUGAAGAUGUGUAAAGUUAAAAAUAAUUAUAUCAUUUUAGACAUGUCAUAAAGAUUUUUUGGAGGUAACCAAAAUAUUUUUUUGUUUUCGAAAAAAAUAUUAAUACCAGCAAUAUUUGCAUAGGUACAACAUUUGCCUUUCAUGUUAAAUCUGUAUUUGACUUAUGUUAUAAAAUUACAGUUGAGAUGAAAGUUUAUAAUGCGCAUAGGUACGUAAUACAGCAAUACCUAUCAGUUAUUACUAUGUUCGAAUACUAAACGUUAUUUCGUGGUGUAUUAACGAAUAUCCGCAUAAUAUCCGAAUCGGACACAGACAGUUCAAUAAGAAACGCUGUUAGUGAUGUUUUCGCGUAGUCUGAAUAUUAUUUUAUACACGCUUCACAAAACAAAUGUAAAAUAAAAGGUUAUUUUCAAACAA